AUGGCAUUAUUCUAUGAAGCAACUACAAGUGGCCUCAAUUUCGACCGUUUUACCGAAGAUUUAUUUGGGGAUUCAACAAAAUUGCGUAUGAAACAAGCUUUUUGGUCAGCAAAACAAUUAUUGAGAGACAAAAUGGGUAAACGUGAAGAUGAACAUAUUUUGGCUGCAGAUGCUGAAUUGGAUUUAAAUUUACAACACUUUUAUCAAAUUAAAGAGAGCACAAAAAGGCUUCUGGAUUCUAAGAGUAAAUUACAUAGAGAGGAAUUCUAUGAGAGAGCUGUUUUAGAUUGUGCUCAAUCUGUUGAGGCAGUAGAAAAAGCAAGAUUGGAUUAUAGAGGUUCUUUACUAUGGAUGAAGAAAUGUAGCGAUGCUUUAGAUCCAGAAUUGAGAGAUUCUAAUGGACUGGAGGAUUUCCGAACCGUUCAAAAUGUUGUAAAAACAAAUAAGCAAAAAUUAGAUGUUCUAAAGGAAGAUAUUACAGUUAAAGUUGAUACAUUAAAGAAGGCUAGAAUAAAAUUAUUUGAUGAAAUAUUGAAUGAUUACAAGUCUGUCCUUUUCAAAUUUUAUGAAAAAACGGCUGAUGAAUUUACUGCUUGUACUGAAGAAAUGGCUGGAUUAGAAUCUUAUGAAAUUGAUGUACUUAAAAUUUUAAAUGAUCCAAUAAAAGUUGCAGAAGAAAAACAAAAAGAAAGAAAAGAAGAAAUUGAAGGGAAAAAUUCUAAUUGGAAAUUUUCAUCUAGCGAAAGGAUACCCAGAAAUCAAUUAAAUUGUAGAAGAAGAAUGGAAUCAGAAAAUAAUGAAAGGUUUUUUAAUUAUGUAAAUAGAUAUUUUUCCUGUAUUGUUUGUCCCCUGACUUUUUGGUAA